CUCUUUGGUUGAAACUUGUAGUUUAUUAAAUUAUUGUAAAUAAAUGUGAAAAAAUUUCAAGGAACCAUUUAUCUUUCUAAAUAUAAUAACUAUACUCGUUUAUUUCCUAAGAGUUGUGUUAGAAAUGGCAGUACGUCAAAGAAACUUGCCAAACGUGCUAGUAACUGGCACACCAGGCGUAGGUAAAUCAACGAUUUCAAAAAUGCUAUCUGAAAGAACAAAGUUCACUUGGAGAGAAGUAUCAAAACUUGCUGAAGAGUACAAUUGCUUGGAUGAAUAUGAUUCAGAAUAUCAAUGCCCUUUUUUAAAUGAAGACAAGUUAUUGGAUAUCAUGGAAGGCAUGAUGGCAAAGGGGGGCAACAUUGUUGACUAUCACGGCUGUGAGUUUUUCCCAGAGAGGUGGUUUGAUGGUGUCUUUGUUAUAAGAACCAAUAAUACUGCAUUAUAUGACAGACUGUCUACCAGAGGCUACACUGGUAAAAAAUUAGAAGACAACAUUCAAUGUGAAAUAUUUGAAACAUUGUUGGAAGAGGCACAAUCCUCAUACAAACCAGAAAUAGUACAAGAGCUGCAUAACAACACUGAAGAGCAGUUGUACACUAAUGUCGAAACUAUUGUACAGUGGAUCGAGAGGUGGAAGGAAGAAAAUAUAUAGUUUCACAAAAUUA